CCCACUUCUCUCUCUCUCUCUCCAAAAAAAGUCUUCCUUUCUUCUUCAUCAUCAUCUUCUUCCAUAUAAAAUCAACGCACAAACCCCCAAUUCCAAGCUCUCUCUCUCUCUCUCAAAUUUCGUUCCCCAAUUCUCUUCUCUCUUGUUGUUGCCAGUUAAAUUAAAUUAAAUUACAUAGUUAGAAAUUUUUUUUCUGUUUUAUAGGGCGCCUGAUAUAGAUAUAUAGAUACAGAUAUAAAUAUACAUAUAGGUAUAGAGACAGAAAUAACUUCAGGUAAAAAUGCCUGCUUGGUGGGGAAGAAAAUCAAGCAAGAGCAAAGAAGAGCAAGAGAAGACACUUCAACACAAAAACCCAUACUCGAACCGCAACAACAACAAUUUCAUCAUCAAAUCUUCGAUCAAUAGCGAUAUUAAGAAGAAAGACAAAGGCGUUAGGCCCAAGAGCUUCGACGAACAAAUAACGCGUGGGUCACCGAGAGCGAGCAAAGAACUUGUGGGUGCUGGUGUUUCUGCUUCUGGAUUUUCGGGUUUCGACUCCGAUGGAUGCGAGAGGAGGCAGGGGCAUCCCCUGCCUCGGCCGUCGGUGUCGUCGGCGCAGGGCUUGGGAAAUGAUCAGGUGCUUGGCUUGGGAUCUGGCUACGCCUCAGUUUCAAGCGUCAGCUCCUCUGGGUCCUCCGAAGACCAACCGAUUGCGCAUGACAGCCAUGCUCAAUUUGGUGCUUCCAGUUACAGAGUUAAUGGUGAUCCCAAGUACAACGUGAUGCCUAGAAGCCCCGGUCCUGGGUCUAGGGGGCCAACUAGCCCGACAUCUCCUCUUCACCCGCUGUUUUGUGCCAUAAGUUUGGAGUCUCCAACGGGAAAGCAAGAAGACGGGAAGAGUGUUUGUCAUCCACUUCCUCUCCCGCCAGGUUCUCCAACUAGCCCUUCUGCCUUGCCCAACAGUAGAACUAGUGUCACCAUUGAGAACACAACUUGUGCACUAUCAAAGUGGAAGAAGGGAAAGCUUCUAGGAAGGGGGACUUUUGGCCAUGUUUAUGUCGGAUUUAAUAGUGAAAGUGGGCAAAUGUGUGCAAUAAAAGAAGUUAGGCUUGUCUCUGAUGAUCGGACAUCAAAAGAAUGUCUUAAGCAACUGAACCAGGAGAUAAAUUUGCUUAGUCGGCUCUCACAUCCAAACAUUGUUCAAUAUCAUGGAAGUGAAUUGGGUGAAGACGCACUCUCUGUUUAUUUGGAAUAUGUGUCUGGUGGCUCAAUUCAUAAAUUACUUCAAGAAUAUGGUCCUUUUAAGGAACCUGUGAUUCAAAAUUAUACCAGACAGAUUAUAUCUGGGCUUGCCUACUUACAUGGAAGAAAUACGGUUCAUAGGGACAUUAAAGGGGCAAACAUAUUAGUGGAUCCUAAUGGUGAAAUUAAGUUGGCAGACUUUGGCAUGGCUAAACAUAUUACAAAUUGUGCUUCAAUGCUUUCAUUCAAGGGAAGUCCUUAUUGGAUGGCCCCUGAGGUUGUAAUGAAUAUAAACGGCUAUAGUCUUGCAGUGGAUAUAUGGAGCUUGGGAUGUACAAUUCUUGAAAUGGCAACUUCUAAACCUCCUUGGAGCCAGUAUGAAGGGGUGGCGGCAAUUUUUAAAAUUGGAAACAGCAAAGAUAUUCCAGAGAUUCCUGAUCAUCUUUCCAAAGAUGCAAAAAAUUUUGUGAGGCUAUGCUUGCAACGGAACCCAUCAGAGCGUCCCGCAGCAUCUCAGCUGCUAGACCACCCUUUCAUUAGAGAGCAAACGUCUACAAGAAUUUCUAACACCAAGUUAACCAAGGAUGCCUUCCCGUAUGCUUUUCAUGGAAGCAGGACACCGCCAAUAUUGGAGCUACAUUCCAACAGAACAAGCAUCACCUUGAGUGAUGCAGAUCACACAGCAAAGCCCACAGCCGCGACUUCAAGAGCUGUGCGGAGCCCCAGAGAGAAUAUAAGGAUGAUUACAUCUUUGCCUGUAUCCCCUUGUUCAAGCCCUUUACGACAAUAUGGACAGACACACAAGAGCUGUUUUCUUUCUCCUCCUCACCCAACUUAUGCCAUGAUGGGACAGAGUAGUUACAAUUUGAGUGACUUGCCGUCGUAUAAUACACUAAGUCCAAAUACAUCGUACACUCUUGAUCCUUGGCAGGACACAAGUAUACUUAAAGCCCAAACGCCCGGAGGUUCACCAAGAACACGACCCAUUUGAAUGUAAAUACCAUGAGAAGCAAAAUUUUCUUUUGUCUCCCUGAAUGCUUGAUGAACUGGAGUCGUCCUGAAAGUUUAGAAGAAAAUUUGGUUCAUGCAACCACCCAGCCACCUAGCAACUCGAAGUGACUUGAUUGUUAUGUAUGGGAAUUUGAAAACAAACUGGGGCAUUUACGGACAAGUUUAAAAUGCAUGGGGUAGAUACUGGUCUAAAUCCUUACUGUUUGUAAAUGGAAGCUAGCUGGUCACAUUUGUAACA